AUGGCAAAGACUAGUGCACAUCAAAAGAAUAAAUCGUAUUCCAAUGCUGUUUAUGCAACACCGGUCUCCGAACAUCCAUCAUUAGAUGAAGUUUAUGAAGUAACGCCAUUUUCGGAAGCGUUUUGGACUUAUUUAAAUUAUGUUAUUUUGAAUAUCUUUGGUUGGUUUCGGGAUCUAUUACGAAAUGCACGAAUUGAAAAUCGAAAAGGUUCAGCAGAGAAUAAUCCACCCGGUUUUGUUCCACUCUAUCAAAGUUAUGAGAGUUUCUAUACGCGAAAUGUUUAUCAACGCAUCGCUGAUUGUUUCAACCGACCGAUUGGUAGUGUUCCAGGCGCUACUCUUGAUCUUCUUGAACGUGUUACCGAUGAUUAUAACUGGUCAUUUAGAUUUACCGGUGGAAAAGUAAAAACAAUAAACCUCGCAUCUUACAAUUAUCUGGGUUUCGCAAAUAACAGCGGACCAAUUGCCGAAAAUGUUAUUAAUUCGAUAAAAACGAGCGGUCUGACUGCCGCAAGUACAACACAAGAAUUUGGCACAUUAACACAACACCGAAAGCUUGAAUCUUUACUUGCUGAAUAUCUUGGCACGGAAGAUGCCAUCGCAUUCGGGAUGGGAUUCGCAACCAAUGCACUCAAUAUACCAACAUUGGUCGGAAAGAAAAAUGAUUCAUUUCAGUCUCUAGCUAUUAAUAAAACAAAACUUUUAUAUUUAAAGGGUUGUCUGAUUUUGAGUGAUGAAUUGAAUCACGCGUCAUUGGUUCUCGGCGCUCGACUAUCAGGUGCUGUUAUCAAAGUUUACAAACAUAAUGAUAUGAAUCAUCUGGAAAGAUUGCUACGCGAAUCAAUCAUUUCCGGUCAACCACGAACGCAUCGCAUGUGGAAAAAAAUUCUAAUUAUAGUCGAAGGAGUUUACAGUAUGGAAGGUUCACUAUGCAAACUACCAGAAUUAAUCGAACUAAAGAAGAAAUACAGAGCGUAUCUCUAUUUGGAUGAGGCACAUUCCAUUGGUGCUAUGGGUUUACGAGGCCGCGGUGUUGUUGAUUAUUGGAAAUGUGACGUGAACGAUGUGGACAUAUUGAUGGGAACAUUCACGAAGAGUUUUGCGGCAGCAGGUGGUUAUAUUGCUGGGAAAAAAGAUUUGAUUGACCAUAUUCGUGUAACAUCCCAUUCAGCUGCUUAUGCUACAUCGAUGAGCCCACCAGUAGUUGAACAAAUCGUUUCUGUACUUAAUUUACUACUGGAUAACGACGAAGAACAUGAAGGUCGUCAGCGAAUUAAUCAAUUAGCAUGGAAUGCACGCUAUUUUCGACAACGUCUGACAAAAAUGGGUUUUAUUGUUUAUGGUCAUCCUCAUUCACCGGUUGUACCAGCACUACUAUAUAGUCCAUCAAAGAUCGCAGCAUUCAAUCGCGAAAUGUUAAAACGUGGUGUAGCAGUUGUCACCGUUGGUUUUCCAGCGACACCAUUAGUACUCGGUCGUGUUCGAUUUUGUCUUUCAGCAUCACACACGAAAGAAAUGCUCGAUGAAGUGCUCAAACACGCCGAAGAAGUAGGCGAUUUACUCAAUAUGCGUAAGUCGAAAUUGAAUCCGAAACGGCCAUUUCAUGAGACUGAAUCUUAA